AUGGCUGCUUUAUCAGAAACUCAUCGCAACAACUCAAGGAUUAAUUCCUCGAAUUUGAAUUCAAUGGCUUUACCAACGACGCCGUCUUUCCGUUCCCCGUGCGAUGACCCAAGACUUUUCGCGAGUUCUGCAGUUUCUGUGGUCGUUGCUUCAUGCUACGCAAUACUUAUACCGGUAACCCUGUUAGGUAACGGCUCAGUGAUUGCAGCCUUCGCUACGAACGCCAGGCUACGAACUGCCACAAAUAUCUUGAUCCUCGGCCUCGCGGCCAGUGAUUUGCUAGUAGGAGCGUUCGCAGUUCCAUUCUGGACGUUCAUUGUUUCGCACGCAGAUAUAACGGCGGGUCACUGUUACUCAACGUAUUUGAUUUACAUAAGCUUUGACAUUUUCGCAGGAUGUGCGUCAAUCCUGCAGCUCACUGCUAUCGCUUUGGAACGUUUCCUCUCGACGCAAUGGCCGCUGUUUCAUCGCAAGUUACCGCAAUAUGUCUAUUGCAUCAUGUUGCUGGUUUCAUGGCUCUGCGCUUUAACGAUGGCAGCUCUACAACCGUUGCAGGCGAAAACGGAGACAUGGCGGAAGAGCUACACUGUAGCUUUAUUCGUAUCCUGUUGUUGCUCUCCGUUGGUAAUCAUUGUGACUUCCUACUGCUAUAUUUUCAAAAUCAGUCGGUUUCAGGGCAGAAGGCGCAAGACAAGUUCUUCCAAGCGCUGUGGGCUGACUCCCGGUGGAGCGAUCAAGGAACUUAACGUUGCUAUCACAGUGGCGGUAAUCACUGUCCUCUUUGUAACUGCUUGGUUUCCAUUCUUCGUCGUUACCGUUAUUGCUACGUUUUGCUUGGGGUGUUUACCGUCCCCGCCUGCUCUUCUGCAUCUGGUCAAGUUCCUCAAGUUCUUACAAUACAGCAGUAGUGCUAUAAAUCCAUAUAUAUAUGCUUACAGAAACACAGAAAUGCGGAAAACACUGGCGAAAAUUGCUAGAAAACUUUUCCCGUGCGAUCUGGGGAUCGGAACAAGAAAUGUCAUUGAUAGAGGAGACUCUAUUCAGCGCUAUCGACAGUCAAUAAUACAAGCCGAUCAAAAACCUGAAUGUUAUCAGACAAUUUCGAGGAACAAUCUCUCUUCAGCGGGAGAGGUUUUCGUGCAAGACACGAAAAGCAAACCCGCUAAAAAAUCACAAAAGAAAAACAAAAAGAAAACAAAAGUGAUUUAUUUGUAG